CCAGAGACCGAAGCUCUUUCAGCUCUCAUUUGCUCUUCAAGCUUUAUUGCAAUGGCGAUGCACAAAGCAACAGGGCAGCUGACUUGCAGCAGACUAACCUUAUUCACGCUAGUUGCGGUUUUCAUCCAAAUCGUCGGCCUCUCGCUCUUCGUCUACGGUUUCUUCCCCGUUAAACCGGCCCUCUCCGGCGUCAGCCUGGAGAGUUUCUAUCCGCCGGGCUAUGAUGCCGGUAAGAAUGGAAGUGAAAUACAGCCCAAUUUGCCUCCUCGUCAGCUGAAAUCCUUGUAUCAGGAGCUCUCUGGGAUCGCACCUGCGUUUGACCGACUAAUUCUCAUGGUUAUUGAUGGUCUUCCAGCAGAAUUUGUGCUUGGCAAGGAUGGCCAGCCUCCGCGUAAAGAUCUGAUGGAAGCUAUGCCAUAUACUCAUUCAUUGUUAUCUACUGGAAAGGCAAUUGGCUACCAUGCAAAGGCUGCCCCUCCAACUGUUACAAUGCCUCGGUUAAAGGCGAUGGUUUCUGGCGCAAUAGGGGGAUUUUUGGAUGUGGCUUUCAAUUUUAACACUCAGGCUCUGUUAGAUGACAAUCUUCUUGGCCAGUUUUUCAAAAUUGGUUGGAAGAUGGUGAUGCUGGGAGAUGACACUUGGCUUAGACUGUUUCCAGGUUUAUUUUCGAGACAUGACGGAGUUAACAGCUUUUACGUUAAAGAUACUGUACAAGUCGACUUCAAUGUUUCUAGGCAUCUGGAAAAGGAGCUUAGCCAAAGUGAUUGGAAUCUUCUGGUUCUUCACUAUCUUGGCCUGGAUCACGUUGGACAUAUUGGAGGGCGUAGCAGUUUCCUGAUGGGCCCAAAACUUACCGAAAUGGAUGAAGUGGUGGAGAUGAUUCAUUCACAUGCCAUACAACCUCAAGGAGAUGAUCAUGAACGGACACUUUUGGUGGUGGUUAGUGACCAUGGUAUGACUGAAAGUGGGAAUCAUGGAGGUUCUUCAUACGAAGAAACUGAUUCCUUAGUGCUUUUCAUUGGCCUUCAAAAUGAAAUCACCGACCAGGCAUCAGUCAGUUCCAUACAUCAGGUUGAUCUUACUCCAACGUUGGCUCUUCUUUAUAAUCUGCCAAUUCCCAAAAACAAUGUUGGAAUCCUGAUUGCUGAAACAUUUGAUUCUCUUCCAGAAGACAAAAGGCUGAGAGCUCUGCAGUUGAAUUCGUGGCAACUGCUGAGAUUAGUUCAGGCACAAUUACCAGCAUUCUCGUAUGGAGGCUCACGAGACGUUGGCUUGUCUGAUCAUGUUCAGUCAACAAACGGCGAAUGCAGUGGUAGUAUUGAGAGGACUCUUUGUUGCUUAUACACGAAAGCUGAAACUCUUAGUCAUUCCUGGGAAUCUAUGAGUGGCUCCAGGUCUGAGGCAAGGAAUGAUUACAAGGUUGCUGUUGCUGCAUAUUGGGAUUUCUUGAAUACUGCAAGUGAAUGGUUAUCACGCAGAGUAACCGAUAAACCCGUCAGCUUGCUUGCUUUUGGGAUCGCUGCGAUGGCUUUAUCAUGUCUAAUCUUUUUAGCCAUCCUAAUUUGCUUGCAAAGAGAAGUCUCGCCUUCCAUCCAGCAUGUGCGCAAGUGGUGUUUACAAGAGAUCUUUGUUCUUAGUGUUGUAUUCAUCCUUAUGAUGAGUAUGAGUUCAAGUUCCUUGGUAGAGGAAGAACAAUAUAUUUGGCAUUUUGUUACAAUGACAUCAUGCCUGUUACUACUCCGACAACUAUUGGGAUCUCUUCAUGUUGGAAGUUUUCAAAGUUCGCUUACAUUGCAGAAACAGAACCAACGAAUUAGAUUUCAACUUUGCUCCAUGAUAUUGCUUCUUUUAUCUGGGAGAAUAUUGAGAGGCUGGCAUCAAGGUGGAGUUAACUGGACUCAUCUUCCAGACAUUUCUAAGUGGCUUGAAAAAUCAAGAAGUGGAAGUAUAAGGUCUAUUCAGCUAGCUUCGGGUCUUCUUGUGAUCAGUUUGGGCUUAUUUGCUUUAUAUUUACCGAGGCCAAGAGGAAAAGCCAUUCUUCUUGCUGCAUUUUCCUUUAUAUCAUCUGGGUUCUUUGUUCUAAGGUAUGUCAUGAAACGUGGGGAGGAAAAUGCUUUUGCAUUUUCCAAUUAUGGUUCUAAUACAUCGGCCCAGAUAAUAUAUGCAAUUUUGGGUAUUUCUGCAACGACCAGCUUUUUGGUCACACCAUGGCUGAUGCCUGCUGGGAGUUCUCAUGAUCAUUCAAGACAUCAUUUAAACUCAAAGCAGUCAAUUCCUAUUGGCAUUCAACAUGAGGAUCUGUUGUUGGCACUUAAAGAUUCUUCUUAUGUGAUUGGGCUGGCAUAUGUUAUAUGCUGUUGUCUUCUACAGCUGCUGCUUCAACAGGGAAUCAAUGCAAUGCCCAUCCUCUUGCUUAUGGUGCAAAUUUUGGGUAGCAUGCUUUGUUAUUCUCAGAGUGGACAAUACCAUACGGAAUUGGUUGAGGUUGCAUCACUGUACUACUUGGGAAUGGCCGGCCAUUUUGCUCUAGGGAACAGCAAUACUCUAGCCACUAUCGAUGUUGCUGGAGCCUUCAUCGGAAUCUCAAGUCACUCCAUAUUCCUUUCUGGUAUCUUGAUGUUCAUAAUCACCUACGCUUCUCCGCUGCUAUUUCUUCUGAGUUUGGUCAUGUUCAACUCUGUCAAAACCACACACUAUCUUGCAACUGAUGCACAUACGGUUAACUCGGGCCAGCUUCUCAAGACCAUGCUUGGGUUUCCUUGCCUAGUUCCGUUGUGCUUAAACUCAAUCCUCUUGACAUCAUACACCGUCGUGUUGGUCUUGAUGAGGAACCAUUUGUUUGUGUGGUCCGUCUUCUCUCCCAAAUACUUGUACGUUUUCACGACGACAGUCUGCGUUUAUGUCGGGGUCCUUGUGGUGGCUAUGACAGAGACUUACGCGUUGCUGGUGCUAGCCUUCAGGAGAAAGCAAUGUCUGACUGGUCAUGGAGUUGAAUCGGUAACAAGAGAAGAAACCUAAUUUCGAUUCUUCUAAGACUGGCAGUUAAUCUUUUGCCGGAGUUUCUUCCAGUUGAAGUUUUAGUUCAAUUGUUGUGAUGUUUAUGUGACUUCUGUAGACUGGUGGAGAAGAUGCUUUGAUGACCUAUAACUUCUAGGAGAGGUGGAGACCAACACUUUUAGAGAAAAUGGUCGACCCUUACAAAGCAGUGUGCAUUUUUAGAUGAUGUUGUCCCGCAUCUCAGACUAGGCAAAGCAAAUUGAUAAACUUAGGCAUUAGUGAAUAUUUAAGCAAGUGUGAUGAGGACUUGGUUUGCUGUUUGUGCUUUAGAAAGUUCUCUAUUGAAGCUUCAAGUUGAGAUCAAGACGCAAGGUGAGAGGGGGCAAAUUUUGACCAAGUCCAAAAACAGUCUUUUGGUAUCAACUUUGGGAAGAUGCACAAGCUUAGUGGGGAUUGUUGGAAGGUGACCAAAGCCUUGGCAUUAAAGUACGAAUGUUGAAGCAUGAUGACCAAGCAUGGAUGGAAGGGAAACAAGUCUUCUGGUGGUUCAACGAAGGGUCUCAAGUUGCUAUCGAUACACAAUCAAAACUUGAGCAAAGGCAUAAUUUGUCCAAGUAUUGAACACGGGUUGAGCUAGGAACUUCAGGGCCUUAUUCGAAGAGUUUGGGAGCUUGUCAAUGGAAGCCGAGAGUUGAGAAUGAAAGUAGGACUCUUGUUAAACAACAUCAAGGAGCUGGGUGACUGAAUUGAAGCUUCCAAGACGUCGAACCAUGGACUCAAAGUAGCUAUGGAAGACUAUUUCUUUACUUGCGCCGGAAGUAACUUUCUUGUGUAAUAAGCUAUUAGUUGCGGCCAAUUCCUUUCCUUUUUCUAUUUUGGAUUCUUGUUUCCUUGUUAGUGUUUA